UUAGUCAUGCCAGCCACAUGACCAUGGAGAUGUCUUCGGACAGUGCUGGCUCUUCAGCUUUGUAACGGAUGGAUCAAUAAAACACCUAACAGCAGGAAAAAAACAACCUGAACAUUGAAGGGUACAAGCAGUAUAUUUUAAUGUGCUGGACAAAGCAGCAUUUGAAAAGAAGUUUAACAUCUUCUCCAAAACUAAAGAAAAAAAGACCCAUGGGAAUGUUUUAAAUAAUGAAGCUGUACAAAGGUUGUCUGGACCAUGGAAAAUUCCUCCAGCUCCUCUAGAAAUGAAGAUCGUGAUGAUCCAGAGUUACAGUGGGAUCGAGUGAUGACCGAAAAAGACUGGCUAAAUUUCUGGGAAACAAACAAUAUUGGAUUUCAUAACAAGGAAGAACAUCAAUUCCUGAAGAAAUACUUGGAUAUUUUUGUCAAUGGCAGGAAGGAAUUAAAAAUAUUUUUUCCACUUUGCGGGAAAGCUGUUGAAAUGAAAUGGUUAGCUGACAUGGGACACCAUGUGGUUGGUGCGGAAAUUAGUGAAAGUGCACUGAAGGACUUUUUCACAGAACAAAAUCUUUCAUUUUCAGAAGAAAUAGUUCCAGAAAUCCCUGGAGCUAAAUUAUUGAAGUGCACAUCUCUGAAUAUUUGUUUAUAUUGUUGCAAUCUAUAUGAUUUAACCAGCUCUGUCACUGGUCAUUUUGAUGGGAUUUGGGACAGAGGUUCUCUAGUAGCUGUUAACCCUUCUGAGAGAGAACGCUAUGCCCAGUUGAUACUAUCACUAAUGAACAGAAUGUGUCGUUGCCUUCUUGUUACUUUGUUGUAUGAUGCAAGGAAACACAAAGGUAAGACACUGGGACUAAAGUCUCAGCUAGAUAUUGGGAGAAUCUUACAUCCUUUGUAAUUGGAAGUAAGGUCU